AUGGAUGUGUUGCUGCUACUUGCUGUACAAGUUCAUAACUGCAAUGCUAAGAAAGAUGAAACAGCAUUUCCUCAUAUUACUCCCAUCAAACUCCAGUUCUUUGAAUAUGAAUCCAUCUCUGUAGAUUGUGUGUUGGAUUACUCAUCUGAAUGGAGAGUGAUGAGGAAGCUAAAAGAAGUUCAAACUAAUACUACCCAAUGGGAAACAUCAACAGGAAUCAUUACCAUUAAACCUGCCUUUACAUCAGACAGUGGAGAAUACUGGUGUGAAAAUAAAGACGGAGAAAGAAGCAACAGCGUCAACAUAACCAUCACUGCUGGUGAUGUGAUCCUGCAGAGUCCUAUGGUUCCUGUGAUUGAGGGAGAAAGUGUGAGUCUGUCCUGCAGAAACAAGAUGGCUGUCUCCAACCUCCCAGCUGAUUUCUAUAAAGAUGGCCUCCUCCGUUCAACUGGAUAUAAAGGAGACUUACACAUCAACACUCUUUCCAAGUCUGAUGAAGGACUCUACAAGUGCAGCAUCUCUGGAGUUGGAGAAUCACCAGAGAGCAGGCUGACUGUCAGAGAUACACAUAUUACUAAAUCAUCUAAAGAGAUUCAAGAGAGUCCAGCGAUUCCAGACACUUCUUCAACCAACGGCUUCCCUGAUCUCUCAAUCCUUUUAUCAGUUGUCUUCACCAUUUUGUGUGUGGCUGUGCUGCUCUUGGUGAUCGGACUAUAUCACUGUCAGAAACACAGAGGUGGCUGCUUUUCUUCAGAAAUGCCAGGAACAGACCCAAUCACGCCCUGGAUGAUGGGCCGCUGGCGUGAGGGAGGACGGUUCUGCUAG